CAGUUUCGGCGACGAGGAAACUCCGAGUCGUUCAAAUCAUAUUCUUCACUUCAAGACUUGACAUUUGUGUACUCCGUCCGGUCACUUGGGGACAUCCGUGACUGUAGACACAUGCAGCUACUUUCACGUCUAACCUGAGUAGGAAAAUAUGGAACUAAGGAAAGUAAUCAUUGAUUGUGAUGCGGGGACUGAUGAUGCAGUGGCUUUAAUUAUACUCAUUGCCGCUCAUAAAACUAAGAAAAUAAAAAUCAUGGCCAUCACUUGUGUGUCUGGAAAUACAUCGGUUGAUAACGUCGUCAUUAAUGUAUUCAGAACACUGGAGGCAUGCGAUGCACUCGAUAUACCUGUCUUUAAAGGAACUACGUCUCCUAUUCUCGAUGUGGAGAAUGCUAAAAUUGCCAGGGAGUUUAAAUUUCAUGGCAGCGAUGGAUUUGGAGAUAUUUAUAAAGACAUUCCUGAUAUCAGCAAAUUAAAGAGACAGCAUGCAGUCAGUGCAUUGCAUGAAAUUACAUCGCAAAAUCCAGGAGAAGUCUCGGUUCUCUGCCUAGCUCCUUUAAUGAAUAUAGCAUUGGCAAUUAAACUCUUCCCGGAAUUCCUUGAAAAUGUAAAGGAAUUCUAUGUUAUGGGAGGGAAUACUACAGCUUUGGGCAAUACAACGUCGCAGGCUGAGUUCAAUUUUUACAGCGAUCCAGAAAGUGCUCACAUAUUAAUAAAUAAUAAUAAGAAAAAAUUAUGGUUGUUGCCAUGGGAGACGUGUUUGAAAUCUCGAAUAGAACAUGAAUGGAGACAAAAUGUCCUUGGUAAAAUUGAGACCCCCUGUAUUCAACUUCUAAAUGACAUUGAAGAGGGUAUACUGAGCGAUGAAAAAAAAGCCCUCUCAUUUUAUUCUCCCUGCGAUGCACUCUUAGCAGCAAUAUUCCUGAGACCAGAUUUGACUACAGAUACAGUUAAGCAACAUGCAGAUAUUGAACUGAAUGGCAGCAGAACAAGGGGUCAAGUAGUUAUUGAUCACCUGCUGCUGCAUUGCGAAGAACCUAAUGUUCACCUAAUUCAAGAUAUCGACACGGACAUAUUCAAAGAUGUACUCCUUUUUGCAGCAGAUCCCUUUCGAUACAAUCUAUCCAAUGGAUACCGUACUGCAGUGCGUUAACUGUUUGAAGUCAUUCAAAUCACAAACUGUACAUCAUUUGGUUAAAUUAUAAGUGUAAACAUUGAAAUAAAAUAUAACAAAGAAUACGAA